GCGGGGCAUCGCCGUGCGUUCGUGAAAUCGCUGUUCCGGGGGUCGACACUGUCGCGUGUCACCUCUCUCCGCAACGACGACGCCGCUUCCCGCCCACGGGUGCUUCCUGUGCCCUGCGCUGUCGGCCGCCGAGGGCAAACAUUGGUUCGAGUGUGGCCACGCGCCCGUUAGAUAAACGAUCGAGGCGCGAGGAAGGGUCGCGGCCGAGUCCUGUUUGCCGAUCAUUGUUCUUCGAUCACCGCCAGAGGCCAGAGCUUUCUGUUGAGCAGUGAGCGAAUCUUCGUUUGAGACUGUACUGGGCGUGAGGAGACCAUGAUUGUUCUGACGACACUGGUUGUCGUGUUCCUGGGAACAGUGCUGUGGUUCCGGCGGCUGUGGUUUUCGUCGUUGCUGUUGCACUUGUCCCGUUUCUGGACUCCCGGACCCGGAGGCCUGUCGCACUGCUGCAAAUGGCUGCUUCUGAGGCUGCCGGUGUCGCUGUGCCGGCGAAAGGGCCGCUUUGACUUCUACGCUUUCGGCGUUAAAUAUGAACCACGGCGCUGCGGCCUGCUGAGCCCGGAGCAGGAGGCUUCCCUGGACGACAUCUGCACGCCUCCGAGUUCUGACAAGUCUGCGGACGGCGACGAUGGCGCGGAGGGAGGUGGAGACGAGUUGGAGGACGAGCAGCUCGUCUGGGCGAGCACGGAGCGCGGCGAGUGCGUGCUGGCUCGGGUGCGGCGUCACCCGUCCAGGAGGACGGCCGAGGCGUGGCUCUACCUUCGCACCGCCGACGGCCACAGCUACGUGCUGCCAACUGAGCACCAGAUCGGCGCCGACUGUUCUCGCAGUGGCGUGUACGCGGCCGCGGGUUUGCGGCUCGAGCAGCUGGUGCCCAUGCGCCGCUGGAGGGUAGCCUUCAACGGACUGCUCAGGUGCACUACGCGUGGAGAUGCUGUGGCACACGUUCAACUUGGCCUCGUGUGCAAGUCUUCGUCCAACGUUCUCGAACACCGAGCUCAUUUCCCAGCGAACUUCGUGGCGCGCCAACUGGCUAGCACGAGCUGGACCAAGCAUGGCGUCCCCAACGUGAACAGGCUUCUGGACGAAGUCGACAGCUACGCACAGCUAGUCUUCUGCACGGGCUCCGUCAGCGUGGACAGCGAGUCUCCACGGGAGCUGUUCCUCUGGGGUUUUCGCAUCAGAAGCAUCGAAAAUGGCCGCUACCCUCUUCGCUCUUUCGGCCACAUCAUGGGCAGGACGAACAGUGGGAUUACCUUCUACCUUCGAGAGGUCGGCAUUCAUGGCUUGGUGGACAGGUACCAGACGGGCAUCGUUGCCCUGCCCUCCACAGAAGUCGGUAUGGUGACCGACUGUAGUCAGCGAAUAUUGGCGGAUGGCACCAGCUUCAAGAAGCAAUUCAUGCUUGAAUUCGGUCCGGGUUUCGACCGGUUUCAGUUCGACGUCCGCUCCGACUACCAGCCGCUGGACGAGCACACGUUAGAGACACACUGUCGAGGUCAGAACGCCGAGGUGGUUCUCAGCUGGUUUCCGUGCAUGGUGAACGAAUACCCCGGGUGCCUGCUGCACUUGUCCGGCCCUAGGCAAACUUCCAACUGUUGUUCAAUGCAAAGGAAGAAGCUGGUGACACCACUGCUUCCCACACUUGGCGAUGUGGACCCGAAUACAUCCGAGUGCACCGACACGCUGUCGCUGGACGAGGCUGCUUGCCGCAGCUCCUGCUGGUCCGGAGGCAAGGGUGCCUCCCUUGCAGCUCUCAGGCUGCUCGCCAAGCAAGGACUGCAGAUGAACGUUCCUGAGGGCUUCGUGGUCACUACGGCUGCCUAUGAAAAAUUCUCAAGGCAUCAGGACGUCCAGUCGGCUGCGCGAAGUCUCUCGAGUAUCACAAGGUUCACAGAGUCACAAUCUAUCGAGGCCUGCAACAAGGCGGUGCAAGUGAUCGAGUCUGUCCCUUUGCCGGAAGAUGUGCAGGCUGCCAUCAGAAGUUCCUACUGCAUGGUCUUCGGCGAAGCAUCACGUGACAUUCGCGUUGCCGUUAGAUCAUCGGCUGUAGGAGAGGACUCCGAGGACAUGUCAUCAGCAGGCCAGAUGGACACAUUCCUGGCCGUCUCUGGUGUGGACGAGGUUAUGAAGACGGUGGCGAAGUGUUGGUCAUCGCAGUUCACUCACAUCGCGUGCGGCUACAAACGACGCUACGGGCAACCCCUGGACUCGCCGAUGGCCGUGGUCGUGCAGGCCAUGGCACCGGCGGAUACGGCAGGCGUCCUCUUCACCUGCGACAGCCGCACCGGAGACGCCAGACGCAUCCUCAUCACGGCCAACCAUGGGCUCGGAGACUCGGUCGUCUCUGGCAAGACGGAUCCAGACACCGUGGUACUGGAGCGCUGCGCAAAGACCGGCGAGAUGAAAGUUGCCGAGAUCUGCAUCGGCGCGAAACAGCACAAGACAGUCGUGCUCGAGGGCGGAGGCACGGAGCUCCAGCCUGCGGUUUCCACGAACGGAACGAAGUGCUGCCUGUCCGAAGAGCAGAUCAGGCGGCUUGGACGGCUCGCCGGAGAGCUGGAGAGUGCCUUCGGAGGUCCGCGAGACGUGGAGUGGGCGUUCAAGGGCGACACGCUCUACGUCUUACAGGCACGUCCGGUGACAUCCCUGUACCUGCCGACGGACGUGGAGCUGAUGCACGAGCUGGACGAAGGAUUCCGCACCAUGGAUGAGUGCUUAACCAAGGCUAACAUAGGGGAAGUCGUAAACUGUGCUCAAAGUCCUCUGGGAUCAGCCAUCUUCACCAAUGGGCUGAUGCUAUUCAACAAGGAAGACACCAAUGAUCGGGCGAAGAGGCUUCACAAUCCUUACCACGAUCGCUUCUUCGUCACAGCCCUGGGGAAUGUCUUCUUCCCGGCAUCGAACGACAUUUUCAACAUGCGGGGAGACGGAGCCUUCCGCAAGGGGCUGGCGUACGCCAUGCGCGGUGGCUGCAUGGAGGACGAGGACGUCAAUCGCCUCAUGUGCGAGCGGGCGAAGCUGCGAUUUGCCGUGCCCAAGUUCUUCAGCUUAAGGAAAUUGGUGUCGGAUCUAUGGAACUGCGAAAAUAUUGUGAAAGAAGGCUACAAGAAGUAUUAUGACAUGAAACUUCCGGUCCAAAAAGGAGACGACUCGCGCAAAAUCUUUGAGGAGGUCUGCAAGUCACUCAUAGUCAUUUCAAGGUGUGUGCAAGUCCACGGGGCAACCAACACGUUUUCUAUCAUGGCCAACAGCCUGGCGUUCACAAUGCUUGCCAAGCUUCGCCGAGAAUGGACAGACGUAGUGCUGUCUGACUUCGGAUCUCUCAUGACCUCUGCUGGUGACGUGUGGAGCGCCGAGGUGCCUUGCGCACUGCAGAAAAUGGCGGCGGCGAUUAGCAGACACCCAGAGGCCGAGAAGUUCAAGAGCAUGGACACUGAGGAUGCGCUGCGCUGGCUUCAGGAGAAUGACACCGGAAAGACGUUAAAGGAGUUCCUCAGUCGCCACGGCCACCGCUGCAUCAAUGAGUUUGAUGUUUACUCCAAGACGUGGGCAAUGGACCCAAGGCCAUUAGUGAAGAAUCUUCAGGUCAUGACAGGCACCGUAGACACGUACACCAAGGAGCCUUUGUCGAUAGAGGAAGCCGUGGAUAGACUCGACAUCAAGUUCACCUCUUUCAAAAGAAAACUUUUCAUCUGGCUCAUGCGGAAGUGCCGGCGGGCUGUCUCUCUGCGUGAGCUCUCCAAGAACCUGCUGGUCAAGUGUACGGAUGCGCUGCGGCAAGCCUGCUGGCUACUGGCCGAGCAGAUGCACAGAGAGGGCCGGUUGCCAGAGCCGUCGGUUCUCUUCUUUCUCGACUUUCUGGAGAUCGACUUGCUUCUGCGCACGCGCUCUCCGAAGCUGGUCGCCAAAGCCCUUCGAAGGGAGCGGCUGCACCCGUUGCUGAAGAAGCGGAUGUUUCCGGAGCUCGUCAAAGGCAUCCCUAGCGUGGUGAAUGACAGUGAGGAAAAAGAUGCCGUAGGUGCCAAAACACUGGUUAAAGGCACACCAGUAAGUGGCGGGAUCGCCGAAGGUCCGGCUCGGGUGGUGCACACCAUUGACGAAGCGACACAGAUACAGAAGGGAGACGUGCUGGUGGCGUACUGCACAGAUAUUGCUUGGAGCCCCUUCUUUCCCCUUCUGUCCGGAGUCGUCACAGAGCUCGGAGGACUUAUCUCGCACGGAGCGGUGGUGGCGCGCGAGUACGGCAUCCCCUGCAUCGUCGGUGCCACCGGUGCCACGUCCGCCAUCCGGCCAGGAUCGAUGGUUCGGUUAGACGGCUCAAAAGGAACGCUCCGACAAAUUGAUACGAACUGAUUCAUGCACUUCAGAAGACUAAUGUGAUCAGGGGAGCAGGCUUCCUUUCAUUUCUCAGGGUUUCAUUCUUUUUCCGUAGAAGACACGAAUGUCGAUUGUAAUAAAUGUGUACGAUACAUUUGUAACACUAUAGGA